UCAGUUCAGUUCUCUCAGUUGAGAGAGAGCGAGAGAGACUGACGAGAAAGCUCUUCGACCUCGCUUCGCUCCGCCAUGGAUUAUUUGAAGACGGCGAUUCCUUCGCAGCUCAUCUCGGAGAGAGGCUCCAAUCUCGUCGUCAUCAACCCUGGUUCUGCGAACAUCAGAGUGGGCCUCGCUCAGCAGGACGCGCCUUUCACCGCCCCUCAUUGCAUCGCCCGGUGCACCAGCCAGGUGCCCAAGCGAAACGUGCAAGAUCAGAUGCUCAAUUCUCAAGUUACGACGGCACAACACAUGGAGCGAGAGAAGGCUUAUGAUAUUAUAACAUCAUUGUUGAAAAUUCCGUUCUUGGAUGAGGAGGUCACGAACAGCAGCUCUUUCCAGCGCAAGAUGGGACGUGUUGACGCUUAUAAUCCACAGAAUGGUAGGAAAGAUUCAGUCUUUUCUUGGACGGAUGCGUAUGAGAGGCAAAGUUCGACUCUGAAACUGUGCUGUCAGAUCAUGGACGGCUUUGUCUAUGCAAAGAAAAAUGGCAACAUACUAAUUUUGAUGCAAAUGCCUGUUCUGAUUAUUUCUCUGGUGAGCAUACUAAAUAGUUCUGCCUCCUGUACAAAAGUGGCUGUAGCUGCUAAUGUUUUUGAGUAG